AUGUCAUAGGCCUCGGAUAAUGAACAAGACAAAAACGAAUUCAAUGAAUCUGACUUAGAAUUAGAUAUCGGUUCUAAAAACUAAGACAAAUCUGCUGAAGACCUUUGGAAUAAGUCCUUGCUCGGAUUUUUUUUGGCAAUACAAAAUUCUCAAAUAAAAACAGCAAACACAUUUUAUAAGAAAUACAAACUUCUAAGAAUAAUAGUUUGGAAAUUGAUCUGUGUCUACGAUUAAAGUGUUAGUCCAAAGAAAUAGAAUAAUCAGAGUCAGUAUUCUUAUAAAUCUAAAAGAAAAGAAGACCUUGAUAUGGAAUAAUCUUCUUCUUCAAUAGAUAAUUUCUCAACUAAAAAGAAGGCUUCAUCUUCAGAUGGAUAAAGGUCGGAAAGCAAAAAUAAUAAACAACCUUCUUUUAAUUUAAAUCCUGUGAUCGACUUUGAAUCUGAUAACUUGAAAAGUGAUAACAGUGAUUACAAAAGGAAACAGUAAAAAAGUUACAUCUCUAGAAAUAAACCUAAAUAGAAUGAAGAAAAUUCCGGAAAUGGUGAUAAAAGAUCAAGAAAAAGUGAGUAACCAAAGCCAAAGAAAAAAAAGGAUCCUGCGCCAAAAACUUAUUUCAAGACAAUUAAUGAAGUCAAUAAGAUGAAAGCCAUUUUAAGAUCUGAUUUUUCAAUUAGUUUCAAUACUAACCUGUUAAAAAUUUCACUAAACUUUGGAGAAGAUAGAAUUGCUGCCCUUAUAGUUGCAAGAUUCCCAGUUUAGCUAGAAGAGUCUAUUUUAAAAUUUGCUGUUUCUCAAAAAAGCAUGAUAUUUGUACAAGAAGUAGGACUAAAGUAGUAGUACAAUAAGCUAAGAGACAUGAAAGAGUAGCUGCAAGGUUUAAAAGUCAUCAUUACUAAUUUUCAGAUUGGAACUUCUUCUUUGAAUGUGUGGCUACUGAAAAACAAUACUUUCUUAAGCAUGCAUUAACAGAUCAAUAUUUUGACAAUGAUUAUAUGCACAAUGAGAUUCUCACUAACUGGCUUAUGGACAGGCUUAAAUCAGGGAAAAAUCUUCUAUAUCCACUAAAUCUACUACUUUUUACUGAUUUCCGAAAAUGGAGUCUUUAAUAGCUAAGAUUUUAACAAAUUCGAUACUGAAUGCACAACAAUCAUUAGAAGACUUGAAAUUUUAGGUAAAAUUAUCCUAGAAUAUAUGCAGUUUGAUCAUGUUGAAUAAAUCUUUAUGGAAAAAGACUUUACUGAUAGAACUGUUUUGAAUAUUAUCACUGACAAUAAAAUUAUGACUUAUAUUGUGAUAAACAAGCUCAAAUUUUUGCUAGAUAAAAUAUGGGAGGGUAGAGAUUCCUAACUUAUUGAUGGAAAAAUAUCCCAUUUUUCAAGGACUAAAUUUUUACUUAAUCAUGAAAUCAAACAAUUAAAGGGAGUGAAAAUAACAAUUAACGAUAUCAUCGGAGAUUCUUUUAAGCCUAAUAUAGAAGAUUACAAUUUCAUUUUUCAAAAAAAAUUUCUACAAGAAUCGAUUUAAAUCAUCUUCAUGCUUGAUUUUAUAAGUGCCUCUCUUAUUGCUUGUGCAUUCCAAUAUGUUAAUUACUAUUACUUGAUUUUAUUCACAGAAAGAAGAUAUAAAGAUGCUCCAACUUACUAAGAGAAAUAUAAAAUUAUUGAAGGCAAUCUUUAAACCUACAGAUAAAUUAGUUUCUUGGGAACCUUACUUUCCAUAUCAUUUUUUGUGAGUUUUUUUGGAAGACUCGUAUAUAACGCUUUUUCAAGAAGAAAGAUAUAAUCAGACAUUUGGAUGCUUUUUGAUAUUGCAGCUGGUUGCAUUAAUAUUUUAGCAUUUAAUGUUAUCAGCAAUGCAACUACAGAGUAAAUGCUUGAUCCUGAUUCUAAGAGAUUCUUUGACUAUUAUAUGAUAGUGCUAUUAAUUAUUUCUUGGCUUAGAUUUUUCAGUUAUUUCUUGGUGGUCUCUAUGAUAUCUAAAGUAACUAUAACUAUGUUUCAUAUGAUAAAAGAAACUGUAUCCUUCUUGAUUAUUCUAAUAUGCUAUCUUGUUCUGAUGACAACAAUUUUCGCAACAUUGUUUAGAGAUGUUAAGUCAGUAGAUGCUGAGCCUUAUAAAGAACUAACAACCACAUUUAGAGAAAUGAUAGAUUAUUUUCUAGCAAACUACUAAUUUAAAGACAUGAAAAACUACAAUACCUCUCACUCUGUUUUAUAUAUGAUACACGUUACUAUUUCAAAUGUUUUUUUAAUGAACUACCUGAUUGCUAUUCUAACUACCGUCUAUGAAAUCAUGAUAAAAAAUGGAGACUUCUAUGCAAUCGAAUAUCAAUAUAGAUUUAUAACAAAAUAUCUCAAAGCGUUGGACGAGAAUAAUGGCUAUGACAUAUUUAUUUUGAAUCCACCUCCCUUGAAUUUUUUCUCAGCAAUAUUCGUAAUCUUUGCUCCAAGCAAGGAAUAAAUGAAAAAGUUUUCUCUUAAAACUUCGUAUUAAAUUACUAAAAUUGAUGGCAAAUGGAAUAAAUUAGGUUACCUUAUAUCAUGGAUAUUUUUCGGAUUCUUUUUCUUAUUAUAUGUAAACAUAGUGGACACUUGCAUGCUAAUGAAUAUUUUAUGCUUAGACAAUAGCGUUCUUUUCGAUUAAGGAGAAGAGGAGAAGGUGAAACUAGAGAGACAUAAGUACUAUAUUUACAAAGAAACAUCCUCAAAUCUAUACAAUCAAAGAUAGAAUAUGAGAAGACUUUUCACAUCGAAACUCUCAAUUACAAAUAAAUUAAAACUUAAUAAAGACGAAAAUGAAUUGAAAUUGGACGACAUCUAUGUUAUUAGAAAGGAGAUGGUAAUAGCAGCUUAUAUGCAAAUAUCUCAUGGUAACCCUUAUACAAAAGCGUACAGACAGCAGCAUGCUCUAUUCUCUAAAAGGAAGACCACCAAUCAACUGUACAGCUCUAUUGAUUUUUCUGUGCACUCAGCAAGAGAGUAGAUUUAAUAGACAGAGCCUGAGCUUUCUGACUAAUUCAAAAUGCUAAUAGCUAAAUUAAUGAUUUCUAACAACAAAGAUGAUAUCAAUGAUUUGAUAGAUUUCAUGAAUAAAGAUAAACAGUAAAAUAGUUAUCUAAACAUAACUGAAGAUGAAGGCAAAAUACUGAACAGUUUCAUUGGCAGAUAUACUAUAGCCUAAAAGAAUCAAGAGGAAAGUACAGUUAAUCUAGAUUUAGUGAUAAAAACUUUCCCAAGUACAUUCACUCCAUAGCAUAUUUAUAAGCUCGAUUUGUUGCACUUCUAAAGAAUGUAGAAAAGUUUAAUUACGUUUUUCAAUGAUGACUAGGAUGAGAUGUUCAAUUACUAUGAUAACAGAAUGAAAAGAAGACUCAACUCAUUAAAGAGACAUGGUUCUAAAAAUAGCUAUACCAUAAGUAGAAUUCUAGAUCUAACUAAGUAUGUAUUGGAUUACAUUUAGUGGGAUGAAGCAGUUAUCAAAAUAAGAAAUGAAGCUAUCAAAAAGCUUAGCUCUCACUAAGGCAAUGAUACUCUUCGAACUAUAAAAACUGGAGUAAGACCAUCUGCUGUCACUCUCCUUUCUAAUCCUUUGCAAAUAUCAGAUUUCGAAGAGAAUGAACAAGAACUAGAGGGAAUGGAGAUUCUUCAGAGAGAGUAGUAAAAGAAUUUCAUGAGAAUGCUUUCUUUCAAGAACAAAAGCAUGAAAAAUAGCUCACAAGCUAAAGUUGACAAAUAAAUCACCAAGUAGCUUUCAAAUGUUUAAGCUCUCAAAUACAUCAGUGUACCAAACAUCGACAAUCUUAAACUUCCCUCAGCUGACCAAAUUUUAAAGUAAAUUAGAUAAAAGAGAGAGGAGAAAAAUAUGAAUCGUAUUGCUGAUAAUUCUUUUGAAGAUAAAUCAUUCUCUGACAACGAAAUUUCUUACAGAAAGAAUGACAAGGGAUUACCUUUGAAAGAGGAAUAAAAAAGGAAAAUUAUGAGGCAGAGAACAAAGAGCAAUAACAUAGCUGAAGAGAUUGAUGAUUCCUUCGGAUCAGAUAAAACUGAAUGA